AUCACUGGGUACAGGAGUUAGUACCAAUGGCGGCCUCUUGGUGAUUGAAAAUUUGAGAAAAGUUUCUCCUUCCCUACAGAUAGAAUGGUCCAAAUGAAAGUGAUAAAAUGUCCCUCGGACAAAUUGUCUCUGACAAAUUGUCUGGUGGUGAACGAGAAUGACUUCAGCCCUGAAAGAGUAAAACAUGUCGAGGUUCGGACCAAUGCACUGCAGGGCUAUAUCUUUACCAUCAAAGUAUCAGAGGGUGUGCCACAAGGUUCUGUAGGAUUCAGUCUUGUCCAGAGGAAGUGGACCAAUGUAGCUCUUAACAGUGUCAUAGAUGUUGUUCCAUACAGAUUUGGUGAAGGAUCAUACCUAUCAAAUAUUACAGUUGAAGCAGAUUUUCUUCAGAAGGCCAAGAGUAAUCAAGAUGCUUAUGAUACAAACAAGAUGGCAGAGGAAUUUACCCACUUCUUUUUUGACCAGUCCUUUUCUGUUGGUCAGCAGGUUGCUAUGGGUCUUAUAACAAGAAACACCCAAGUUCUUUUUGAGAGAGCAGAGGGUUCAAUGUUGAAUCUGACAGGAACUGCCAAAGGAAAAGCUGCAACGCAGUCCAUUAUCAGCAGAGACUGGGAUUUUACCAAGCUGGGAAUUGGAGGCCUUGACAAGGAAUUCUCCAACAUUAUAAGGAGAGCUUUUGCCACGAGGCUUUUCCCUCCAGAAGUAGUUGACAAAUUAGGAACUGGAAAAACGCUGAUGGCUCGGCAAAUUGGCAAGAUGUUGAAUACAAGGGAACCAAAAAUUAUCAGUGGACCAGAGGUUCUCAAUAAAUACGUUGGAGAAUCAGAAGCCAAUAUCAGAAAGUUGUUUGCCGAGGCUGAGGAGGAGCAGAAAAAGUUUGGUGACAACAGUGGACUUCACCUCAUAAUCUUUGAUGAGUUUGAUGCAGUUUGCAAGUCAAGAUACAUGUACAAUAGCGGAGGCACUGGGGUGCAGGACUCAGUUGUAAAUCAACUUCUCGCAAAGAUUGAUGGUGUGGAACAACUUAAUAACGUUCUUCUCAUCGGCAUGACAAACAGAAGAGAUCUCAUCGAUGACGCCUUACUCAGACCUGGACGACUUGAGGUACAAGUUGAAAUUGGCUUACCAGAUGAACAAGGACGCGUUCAAAUCCUGGAGAUUCACACAGCGAAAAUGCGAGAACACAAGCUGCUGGCACCAGAUGUUGACUUGGCUGAUUUGGCCGUCAAAACAAAGAACUUUACCGGGGCAGAGAUUGAGGGACUGGUGCGAGCGGCGCAGUCCACUGCCAUGAACCGCUUCAUUCAGCUCAAGAAUAACUUCGAGAUUGAUCCUGAAGCAGCUGAGAAGAUAAUUGUGAAGCAUGAGGACUUCUACCAUGCCUUGGAGCAUGAUAUCAAACCGGCAUUUGGACCUUCUGACGACAAUCUUGAUUUGUAUGUCGCCAGUGGAAUUGUCCGGUGGGGUACACAAAUUCAGCGGAUAUUAGAUGAUGGAGAUCUUCUGUUGCAACAAACACGAACUCAGGACAUCACUUCCCCGAUAACGGUCCUAUUAGAAGGUCCCGUUGGAUGUGGCAAGACGGCCCUCGCUGUGUCCAUGGCUCUAAAGUCGGACUUCCCUUUUAUCAAGCUGUGUUCCCCAGAAAACAUGAUCGGAUUUGUGGAGAGCGCAAAAUGUCAGACUAUUAAGAAGAUAUUUGAUGAUGCCGACAAAUCACAGCUGAGCUGUAUUGUCGUAGAUGACAUAGAGCGUUUGUUAGAUUAUGUUGCUAUUGGGCCAAGAUUUUCAAACACAGUUCUUCAAGCUUUGCUUGUAUUGCUCAAGAAAAAGCUAAGGAAGGGUCGUAAACUGAUUGUAAUCGGAACAACCAGCUGCCGAGAUGUGUUGGAUUCCAUGGGCAUCGUGGAAGCGUUUAAUACCGUCAUUCAUGUGCCCUCAAUCUGGUCCACAGACCAACUCAAACAAGUGCUACAGGGCUGCAGCAGCGAGCAAGUCAAAGGCCUUNGAGACUGA